GUGUAUUAGAUGGAGGAGUUGUACAGGGGGAUGGCCACAAGCAGGAAUGAUUUCUUGUGUUGUUCAUUGGUGCUUUUUGGUAAUCUCAGUCGCUCACUGAACGUGCUCCUGUGAGAAGCCAGCACGUCCUGGAAUGGGUGGGAGGUAUUAUCCAGCAUUGUCUUUAUCUUGGUCAACAUCCGCCUUUCAGACACCACCCUAAGGGAGUCCAGUUCCAUCCCCACAACAUAACUGGCCUUGCGGAUCAGUUUAUUUAAUCUGUUGGCAUCUGCGACCCUCAACCUUCUGCACCAGCAUGCAACAGCAUAGAGGAUCGCACUGGCCACAAUCGACUCGUAAAAAAUUCUGAGCAUUGUCCGACAGAUGUUGAAGGACCUCAAUCGCCUCAGAAAAUAUAGACGACUCUGGCCUUUCCUUCAAAGUGCAGAGGUGUUUUUAACCCGUCCAUUUUAUUGUCUAUGUGUACUCCAAGAUAUUUAUAGUCCUCCGCAGUUCCCUUGGUUUAGCUUUGCUUCUGCUCAACAUGUUGUAGUAGCAGUUUAUGAGGUGCCGUAAGGGACAUUAUUACUGAAACGCUCUCACACACACUACUGAAAUUUUACCUCUCACACACACUACUGAAAUUUUAUCUCUCACACACACUACUGAAACGCUCUCAAGCACAUUACUGAAAACCAAGAUUUCAAUUGAACAGGAAGGCAUUUUAGCUGCACAGGAAGGUGAGGAAAAACAAAUAACACAUUAAUGCACAGCUAACACUGCGGUGACGUCUACAACAGUCUGUUAGAGGUAUAAUUGAAAAAUCUUUUGCCUUCAUCAGUGACUAUCCAAACAUUGUUGUAGGGUAGCAGCCUAUUGCAACAAGCCGGGGCAUCCUGGAUAUGCUAGCUGCCUGUAUAAUCUGGAAAGACUGUGUCUGACAGUACCUCAUCUACAAUGAAAUUACAUCAGAUCCUUGUCAUUUUUUACAUACAUUCUUUGUUGUUUGAGGUGAGAACCAAUGAAGAAGAUGUUGAAAGACUUUUUACUUGUGCUCUGCAAUGUAUUGAGGCGCUCCAAAAUGAAAAUUCGGGCAAUAUCAGACAAGAGCGGCUUUAUAGAGAGCUAGAUGAUCAUACACGAACUGUAUCUAAAGAUUCACAAUAAAUGUGGUUGUGAUCAGGAAUGAAACAAGAAAUUCCUUAAAUGUUUUAAUAGUCAAAAAAACAGUGGGGGCAGUACUGAGAAAACAGUUUAACACAGGACUGUACUGGAGAGUUAGGGAUGACGUUAGGGAUGAAGUCCAUAGAGGGUGAAGCAGUUUUCUGAACAGAGUCCAAGUAGAAGUCAAACCAUUCACUUUCUUAAGUCCACUCAUAUGCCGAUCAGGACAAGGUAGGUGUUCACUUUCUGUUUUCUCUCACUUGCUGUCAUAUCUCAUUUUAUUUAUUACAAUUUUGGUUCAUCAUUUUAAUGGAGCUGGCAUUAAAUGUAUCAUACAUAACUCUUGAUGGGUUUUUCCAUGUGAACAAAUACAGAUAUCUUUAUUUUAUGAUCAUGUUUACUGUAUACAUUCUCAUACUCUGUUGUAAUUUCACCAUUGUAUUCCUCAUUGUGGUUGAGAAAAGUCUCCAUGAGCCUAUGUACAUUUUUAUUGCAGCUUUGCUAUUGAACUCUGUUAUGUUAAGCACUGUUAUUUACCCAAAGCUUUUGAUUGACUUUUUAUCUAAAAGACAGAUCAUAUUUUAUUCCGUCUGUCUCUUUCAGUUUUUUAUGUUUUACUCCUUGGGUGGUUCAGAAUUUUUACUCUUGUUUGCCAUGGCCUAUGACAGAUAUGUGUCUAUAUGCAAACCUCUGCAAUAUCCAAUUAUCAUGACAAAAAACACUAUCAGCAUUUUUUUAACCUUAGCUUGGAUUGUGCCUUCUUCUCAGGUUGCAGUGGCAGCUGUAUUAAUGGCCAAUAAAAAAAUCUGUAACUUUACUUUCACUGGAAUUUUUUGCAACAAUACAAUUUACAAGCUUCUAUGUGUGCAUUCAAAAGCACAGACUGUAUAUGAUAUGGUUGUACUAUUUAAUGUUGCAAUUCUCCCUGCAGUUUUCAUAUUCUUCACUUACACCAGGAUACUUGUGAUAUCCUAUCAAAGCUGUAAAGAAGUCAGGAGAAAAGCUGCACAGACCUGUUUGCCCCACUUGAUAGUUUUGAUCAGCUAUUUGUGUUUGUGUGCAUUUGAUAUCAUUAUAUCUGGUCUGGAGUCUAAUUUUCCAAAGAUUGUACAUUCAAUAUUGACUUUGCAAAUCGUAAUGUAUCCUCCCCUUUUCAAUCCAAUUAUAUAUGGACUAAAAAUGAAGGAGAUUUCUAAACACCUCAAAAGGUUGUUCUGCGCUGUCAAAAUAAACUAAUGUA